GUGAUAGAUAGGCAGUGUUUCUAGGCAGAACGUACCAUCUUGCUGUGCGCUGCUCGCGGGGAAAAAGACACGCAUAACUUAAGGCAAAAUGAUCACGAAAUUCUUCGGCUAUAUUAUGAUAUAAAUAUGAAUAGUUACAUUUGUUAUGGCGCAUUGCAUGAUGCGGUUGCAAAGGUGCUAAUCAGUACCGCGAUACCCAAGGAGGUCGCCGGAGAUUUCAAAAUACUUCCCGUACAGCGAAAGGAUCAUUACUAUGUUCUCUGCUCCGAAGCUGGUGCCGAGUUUGGUAUCUUGGAUACUCGAACCAGUUCCAGCUUAGACUCUCUGAAAGACUAUCCAACAGUGCAGUUUGAAGCCGUAGUUCCAACUCAAGUCUUCACCAAGCGUCAACAUAAAAGAAGACCAGGUUUGCGGACAUUUCCGGUGUCAAUAAAUAUUUUUGGAUUGAAAUUAAACGCAAGUGAUGCAGCAUCUCGGCUGUCGAAUCUCUCCGCGUUUCUCCAGCACCCUCACUCAUUGAGUGAAGAAGCGGUAUACGACAACCCACAGUUUCUAACUUUUCGUAAUGAAAAUUUGAACAUGAGUACCUUCAUUGGCGCAAGCAAUGGCAAUGGGCCAAAUUCAAAAACUAAGAUUUCAGAAGAGAUAAAUGACAUACUGGAGUCAUUGACACAUGUAACCGCAGACGAGGACUUAGAGCCGCCUGUCGGAUUAUCCUCAAAGCUGAAAAGGCAUCAAGAGGAUAGCUUACGUUUUAUAUAUCAACGGGAAAACGAGACAUUUACCCAGGGACUCUCGGAACGACUAUGCCACGAGGCUUCAAUUGAGAUGAAGGCGUUAUCAUUUACAUCUUUCGGGGGGCUGAUCGCGGAUACGAUGGGACUCGGGAAGACCCUUACCAUGCUUGCGGCUAUCUUGCGUUCUGUCCCAGCCGCAGAGCUUUUCAGCAGUUUCUACGAUAAACCUGAACAAGAACGUCCACAAAAGCUUCGUAUAAAGGCGACUUUAAUAAUUGUACCAUCUUCUCAACUUCUUGAGAGCUGGCAAUCUGAGAUACAGACUCACAUUUUACCAGGAGCUCUCAGCUUCAUUUGUUUCCAUGGGAAAAAACGGCCUCGGAAUAAUGAGCUUUUGAGUUCAUUUGAUGUGGUAUUGACUACAUAUGCAACGCUCGUCGCUGACUACGCCGAUCAAUCCAUCCUCCACCAAGUGGAGUGGUAUCGUGUGGUACUAGAUGAAGCCCACUGGAUAAAGAACUCUAGUACUCGACAAUUCCAAGCAUCGGCAGCACUAUGCGCUAAGAGGAGAUGGUGCCUUACAGGCACUCCUAUUCAAAACAAGCUAGAAGAUCUGGCCUCUUUGGCCCAGUUUCUACAAUUUCCAAACAUAGCCACCAAAGUAGUUUUCAAAAGAUAUAUUCUAAGUCCGCUCUCUGAAGGCGGUGCAGAUUUCGCAAAGCCCCUUCGAGCAUAUCUUAAGGCCUACUGUCUUCGCAGAAGUGAAAAGUGUCUAAACUUACCUGCCUCUUCCGAGGUUAUCGUAACGCUUAGCCUUUCACUAGGAGAGCAGUGUCUCUACAAGUGCCUACUAGACGAGACGAGACGAGAAAUUGACUCUCUAGUUAGCAAGGGAGUUGAAACUCGAUCCAACAAGUUAUUCACAGCUAUGCUAAAACUACGCAUGCUUUGCAACUCAGGAACAUUCUUUUCGGCCCGUAGUAACACCUCUUCCCUUGAACCGAAACAAUCCUAUCUUGAAACCGAGUGCGAGCAAUGCCAACCUUCUAGCGAGGAGGCACGUUUACUUGAAAAUGGCGAUUCGGUAUGCUCAUACUGUGGAAAACCGUUAUACCGUCCAAGUCCUAGUCCUCUGCAAGACUCAGGACAGAGAAGCAAUACGCGAAAUAUCAGCGAUGGAGCGAACACACCCUCUAACGAGGGAAUUCAAGUCAUAGUAGAGCAAAAGAGCCCCUUCCUAUCAGCAGGUUGCUCAACGAAACUUUCUGCCGUGGUUCGAAAAGUAACAGAAGGUGGUACGGAUAGCAAGAGCAUUGUAUUUUCCUACUGGACGUCGACUUUAGAUAUCCUACGCUGGUUAUUCGAGCAGGCCGGGAUUUCGUGUCGGCAAGUAGACGGCAAAGUAGGCCAGGUAGAAAGAUCUGCACGUCUGAGAGCAUUCAAAGAAGACCCUCAAGUCCACGUCCUCCUCAUGUCCAUUGGUACUGGUGCAGUCGGGCUGAACCUCGCCGUUGCCAACCAAGUGCACAUAGUCGAACCUCAAUGGAACCCUUCGGUAGAAGAACAGGCGAUCGCACGAGCGUUACGUAUGGGCCAGACUCGAGAAGUCACGAUUUUUCGAUAUAUCAUGGAGAAAACCGUAGAGCAGAAUAUAGUCAGUCUUCAAAGGAAGAAGAGACAUAUUGCAAAGUUUACUUUCGAUUCGGAGACGCAAGAGACUCAAUCCGGGGCACUUGAAGAUCUCAAGUUUGUGCUAGACAUGGGCUCCGUCUAAACAAGGGGCUGGGGGAUGAUAGUCGGUAUGUAGUAGGUAUUCGCUGGGGCUGUUGACCGCUCAAUCUCGUCACAAGACUUAUUGGCCAUGUUGUGUUACUUGGGCCUCGUAAAGAUACAUCUUAUUCUUUGCAUGUUCCCGCAUUCUGAGUUUUCUCCAUACUAUCCCUUAAUUUUUCAGUGGAAUUUCGGGGUACUGAAUUAGGAUGACGAAAGAUACUGAGGGCCCCCUUUUCCCCAAUGAUGUAUGGUCACGAAAUACAUUAGUUCCUGCAUAUGUAGUCCUAGCCUAUCACUAAACUCUUCUCCAUUUCUUAGGAAUUUCUAGUUUGUUUGAUCUAAUCUAUAGGUCUCAUUCAGACCCAAGAAUACUCUUAGGCAUCCUUAGCGUGUAGACAAAGGUGGCUCGUGGCUUGAAAAUUUCCACCAUCCUUUUAGAGUCAUUCUGACCUACGGAUAUUCUAUCUAUUAGCUUGCAUAGACAGAUAGAUAAGCUAAUUUUGACUUCGCCUUACUUUAA